AUGGCUCUGGGUUACUGGGCCACCAUCAUCCAGCGCGGCGCAGCGGUGACCGACAAGCCCCCGCACCUGGUCUGCCUGGAGAGUAUCGCCAUCGCCGUGGUCUGGACGUUCCAGGUCUUGUACGACAUGUGCCUCUUCCUGUCGAAGGGCUUCAACCCGCAGGGCCUCGUGUACAUGCAGCUCACGGUGAGCGCCUGCAUGCUGGGAAUCAUCAGCACGGUCUUCCUUAUCUACGGCCUGCGCGUGCUGAGUCGCCUGCAGCAGUACGAGCGCCAGCUCAAGCUGCGCAUGCCGAGCAUGCACGAGGACCGCAUGCUGUCGAACCGGUCGUUCGACAUGAAUAUGAGCGACGAUGAGGACGGCACGCCCGUGAUGCGGGAUCGCAAGAUGCGUCCGCGUCCGCAGGAGGGCCACGCCUCCAAAAUCAAGAAGAUCCUGUUCGUGGUGGAGACCUGCUCGCUCGUCGUCGUCGCCGCCCAAAUGUACAUGGCCAUCGACCGCACGAGCGACACCCCCGUCGAGCUGUCCUGCGCGAAUGGCAGGCUGUGCGAGACCGUCAAGUGCAGCGUGAACCUGCUCCACAUCUUCCAGAUCAUGUGCAUCUGGGUCAUACUGUGGACUUUCCGCAAGAUUCAGAAGAAGGCCGUCGUCCCGAGGCCGCACGGUGUCGCGUAA